AACCUUCUAUGAAUAGACUAUUGUAUUAGCCUUCCAGGGUAAUAUCACAUAUUCGCAUACCGUAUAUGGGGUAACGAAACAUGUUGAGUGUCUAUUGUGGUGGCAACAGAUCACAAUAUUGUCAUUUUGAGCGGAAGUUCAAUGGAAGACGUGUUAUUGUCACGCUUUCACGAUCGAAACUACAAAAGAGUCCGAAACCAUUUGUUUAGCGAUAGUUAUAAGCAAGGAUCUCGCUGAAAUAAGCUCAUAAGACAAGAGGCAGUAUUUCAUUCAAUAGCGAGUGUUUACGCAAACUUGACGAUCGAAGAAUGGCUCAAGUUUUUAAUAGGAGAAAGGUCAGGGCUGUGACAGAGGAUCAAGAAAACCGUCCAAGUGCAUCCGAAGUCAUAAAAACACUGGCUGAAUUACAACUUACGAACCCAGGCGAGGGCAAAGUACUGUACAUUCAAGGAACUAAGAACAACUGGUCCUGGCGACCCAUGUGUUACGCUAGCCAAAACUUCAGAGCUUACUACACUCUGCAGUUAUUUAACGCCCGAGUAAACUUGACCACAAAAGCUAUCGAAAAAGCCAUCGAGGAAGGUCAUGUUCCCCAACGAUUCUUCAAGACUGUUAAGAGCAUAGCAAGCUUAGGUUGUGGCCCAGGUUCGGAUCUUUGUGGAGUGAAAACGUUUCUGAGCGAAGCAUUUCCGUUUAGCUCAAGAGGAAAGCAAGCGCCGCAGUUUAUUGGCUAUGAUGUUGAACUGGGUUGGAUGCACUACUUGCACAGUCUGGGCUUCGAUUUUGAAAACGUUGAAAUCAAUCGAACAUUCGUCAACGACGUGAAAGAGUUCGACGUUAUUUUGAUGUCGUUUUGCGCCAAAGAACUUUGCUGUGGACUGUCAAGCGGAAAGAACGAUGAAACGCUGUGGAAAGCAAUAUCGCAGAAAGCGAAAUUUGUUCUGGUUAUUGACAACGAAAAAAUGUCAAAUGAUUUCCCCUCUGAGAAAGAACAGUAUAAGCAAUUCAAUUUGAAUGAUAUUCUGGGAAACAAAAUUGCCGUUUAUUGUUACUACUCAGCGGCUGACGAUUAAUUAUUUCCGUGCGGAAGAAGUUUACUGAAAGGAGAUACAUUAGGAAGUUUUAAAGGUCAAAGUUGUUAUCCUUUUAUUUUCACAAGUUCUUGCAAGAGAACACUUUCUCUUGGUUCUUGUUUACGUCAAGCAGGUGACACAUAACGAAAUUCCGAACAGUUAGCAUAAUUUCAACUGUAUUUCCAUGUUUUUUGUUUCAAAUUCAUUAAUUAACAGUUAAGAAACACUGAUCUGAUAAAAAAUGACAAUUAACACGUACCAAUAGACCUUUUUCGACUGGGUGGUUUGUGCCCCAUUUCAGACCAUGUGAUGAUACUCUU